CAACGCCACAAUGCAGCAUAAGGCACUGCUGCUCGACUGUGGCUUUGACUCAGUUAUUUUAAUGUGUUUCAUAGCAUUAUCAUACCAUGCGCGUACUCACAUUCACAUGAUUGCACAAUAUAUAUCGUGAGCCAUCGUGCUGCAUCUGCUACUUACUCAACAACACAUCGCACUGAACUUUUACUAUCAAGAUUUUACCAGCUCAUUCCAAUCCUAUUAUCUCCAAAUAAAACUGCACACCAAUCUACUCAUCGAUAGCUCCGGCCUACAAUUUGUGAACUUAACCGUGCACGUUAGCAAUAAAGCACAGAUUUACAGCACGCACACGAUGUCCUUUGCCGCAAGCUUCGGUGUUGAUAUUGUUAUCAAUGCCGUUGUUCUAGGUGCCACGCUACUACCACCAGCGCAGAAUGCUAAAGUGCGUAUUGGAUGUGGUAGCAAAGCCCGAAAAGAACAGCAAGGAUCCCUGACAGGCGGUGGCAUGCCAGACAUAGUGUUGUACGAUACGCACGGUGAAGAGAUUUCGCGCAAAGUCGGAGGAGGAUCGUUCGACCCUGGGAGUAACCCGAUAAUCGACAUGGGUGUUGAUCUGCUAGACCCCGGAAAGGCGACCAGGUCGCCUGAGUACGUCAAACUGGUGGCCCGCGGCAACGACGCAGUGUGCAUCGGCUAUGUAGCAGCGACAUCAGCAGGUGACGACAAAAGGACUUGGCACGCCGGCUAUGCCAAAGAGUGUGCUCGCCACGCCAAUGCCAAUUUCUGGUACCCCUCCCCAGAGAUUAUCCCAGGAACUGAUUUCCGCCCGGGGUGUAUCUGGAUGAGCAGUGACGAGCGCUUCCUGCAGGCCAUCUCUGUCAAAUUGACUGAUUUCGCAUUCCCCACAAGUGACGCUGCGGAGAAAGCCAAAACCCAGUUCGAGCAGACGCCCAACACUUUGUGCCAGGCUCCCGGCCGGAUGUCGUUUUGGAAGAAGCACAAUCAGAAUGACUGUAUUCCGUUCUAUGACUUCACCGUGGAAAGGAACGAGACAACCGGCUUCGAUAUCGACUAUCAGAAGAUUGUUUCUGGUCACACGCUACCCUGUAAGCCCCGCGGACUCCUCUUGAAUCAGAUCCUCGAGCCUGGGAAAGGGCCCGAGACUCUGUCUCCUGAACAGAUUCGGAAGAAGGAGCAAGAGGAGGAGAAAAAGAAGCAUGAACAGGAGAAGAAAAACGAGGACGGAGAAAACCCCGAUGCCCCGCCUCCAGGAACAGGCAGCUUCGGAGGCCAGACUGGAACUACCACACAAGAAGAGAACAACGAGAAAGGAAUAAACCCCAAUGGGCCUCCCCCAGGCACGGGCAGCUUUGGAGGUGUAUGCGGCGUGGUCCCAGCCAGCUCGACGGCUAAACCCGGGGAGUUCGUAAGCAAAGUGGCGCCUUGCCCAAGUGGGGCACCCGUGAACCGUCGUAGGCGCGAUCGGCGGCAGGAGCCACCAACGAAGAAAGAUCACUGUGUCGACCGACUCGUCAUUAGCUACCUAAAAGACCACAGCGCACGAGAGGUAUGCGACAUGAAGUCCUCGUGGGGGCCUGAUUUUGUGUCAAUUCCAGAAAGAUUACAUUGCAACAUGUGUACCCGACAGCUCUCACGUCUCUGCGAGCCGGAUGGCUAUGAUAACGAGGGUGAAGACUGCUUUGAUCUCGAAAAGAGAGUGAUGAAGCGAUCGACAAUUGCGGAUUCAAAGGUCCAGGGUGGGUAUCCAACACUCGACCAGGAGGCAAAAUCGUAUGUCCAUGUCUCGGAGUGGAAGGCAUAGUCCAGAGGUGGAGCAGAUCAGGUGCCACAACCUACAAAAUUCACCAGAGCAAAGCGAAAUUGUUGAAUCAAACAUCUUAGAUAUUCCUGGCAUGAUAGAAUCUCUUAUAGCAACUACUAGAC